AUGGCGACCUACGGCGGCGUACUCCGGCGCUCCGCCGCCGUCGUGGAGCACGCCCGCGACAGUGCCCGCUUCGCCCGGCCCCAAGCCUUCGCGGCGCCUCCCGACGCCGAGGCCGCCGCCGUGCUCGCCGUCCGCAACCUCCGCUCCUUCCGCCUCCACUACGCCCUCCUCCUCGCCUCCCUCUUCCCCUGCCGCCACGCCACCAUGCUCUUCCUCAUGGCCGCCUCCAAGCUCGCCCUCUUCUACGGCGCCCUCCUCAAGGCCUUCACCAAUUCCGCCCUCCUCCGCCAGAUCGUCGACCGCAGGCUGGUCGCCGCGCUCCUGAUGGCCGUCGUCGGCGCCGAGAUCGUAAUGACGAGUGCCGUGCCGCAGUUCCUGCUCGCCAUGGCAGUCGGGGUGCCGCUCGUGCUGCUCCACGCCUUGUUCCGAACGCAGGACGAUCCGGCGGCCAGUGGCGAGGAGACGGCCGCUAGCAAUGGUGGCGAACUGGGGCCGAUCCUGGAGAAGAAGGAAGAUCUUGAAUUGGGAUCUCAGUGAUAGCAGCCACAGUUUUGCAUUCUAUACUCCCUUUUUAUUCUUACUUUUACCCCUUUAAUCUUUCUCUCCUUCUUACGAUUACCAAUUUCUUGACAUCUUACUUGUUAUGUAUACAUAUAAACAAUUAUAAUUUCGAUAAGGGAAUUCAGAACUGGGAAAUGGUUAAUCGUUGUCGUCUAUGGUUUGGCAUAUUGAACGGAGUUGUGAGAUAUUGAGACGACUGUAGCUUGCAAACCAUGAGACUUGUACAGAAGAACAGUAGGAAAAUGGACCUGUUGAAAGCCAUGCUCAUAAGAGCUAAGGGAACAUGCAAGAACAGUAGGAAAACGGAAGAAACAAGAAGAU